AUGCUGUCAAGGGAACUAGAUUUACCAUUGGAAGUCAUUGAAUAUUACACGGACAGUAAGGUAGUGCUCGGCUACCUAUCCAACGAGCAUCGGCGCUUUUAUGUGGACGUGUGCAACCGCGUCUCCAGAAUCCGUAAGAGUUCUUCUCCAUCUCAGUGGAACUAUGUGGCGACACAUGACAACCCUGCAGAUCAAGGAACCCGUGGCCUUCUACCUGAACAAUUAUGUGGAAGCUUGUGGUUACAAGGACCAAAUUUCCUUAGAGAAAACAAUGAAAAGGAGUGUAAGAAACAGUUUUCGUUGAUUGAUCCAGAACAGGACAAUGAGAGACGCCCCCGCAUCACAGCAAUGAAGACUACAUCUACUACUCCAACUCUUGAUACAGCACUUUUUAGUCGUUUUGGCAGUUGGAUGAGCCUUGUUCGAGCCCUCAUUUUUAUCAAGAGUAAACUCAGAGCAAGAACAGAGGCCGCCACUGAAAUAUCUCGCCGAGACGCUGAACUGUUGAUAAUGAAAGAGGUCCAACGUCAGUGCUAUCAGAAGGAAUUAAUGGCUUUGCAUGCUAAUCGACCACUUCCGAGGGACAGCUCAAUCCUGACCUUGUCGCCCUAUUUGUGA